UGUGGAUACACAGCAAUAGAAACCCCAGAAGUUCAUAAAUUCGCGCACUCGAUUCGCAGAAGAUAGAAAAUCAAAAUAAAUUGUAACGGAGGGACCGGAGGAGAAGAAGACUAUGGAGAUACAGCGGAGACAUCGGAAUACGCUAGUACUUUGUUUCAUAGGUAUUCUCUUGUUCAGCUUCAUUGAGCGUAUAAGCUGCCUAUCGGUGACGGUAAACGACCAAGAAUGCGUCUACGAGUACGUCCUCUACGAAGGAGACACCAUUUCGGGAAACUUCGUUGUCGUCGAUCACGACAUAUUCUGGAGCUCAGAUCACCCUGGCAUCGAUUUCACAGUGACAUCUCCCGCUGGUAAUACCGUGCAUACUUUGAAGGGGACAUCUGGAGACAAGUUUGAGUUUAAAGCCCCCAGAAGUGGAAUGUACAAAUUUUGUUUCCACAAUCCCUACAAUACACCAGAGACUGUCUCAUUCUACAUUCAUGUUGGUCACAUUCCCAAUGAGCAUGACCUGGCUAAAGACGAACAUUUAGACCCAAUAAAUGUCAAAAUUGCAGAGCUUAGAGAAGCAUUGGAAUCUGUAACUGCAGAGCAGAAGUACUUGAAAGCACGAGAUGCUCGGCACCGACACACUAAUGAGAGCACAAGAAAACGUGUUAUAGGAUACACAGUUGGUGAAUAUAUUUUGCUGGCUAUUGCAAGUGCUCUUCAGGUUGUUUAUAUUCGGCGCCUCUUCAGCAAGUCAGUUGCAUACAACCGGGUUUGAUCAAUCUGGUUAAUGGUAAUCUGUUCAAUUAGCGACAGGAUGAAUAGAUGGAUUGCAAAAAGGAAAGCUUUAGCAUAUACUAUUUGUUUCUAUUUAUUGCAAUCCACUUUAACUGCAACUUCCAAGUAUAUGUAAUGGGUGAACUUCCUAGGGUUUUGAACAAGUUUACUCAAUUUAAUGCCUUGGCCUUGGAGGUUUUGUGGAGUCUCAAUUCUAGAAACUGCAAUUCUUGGUA